UGGCGGUCGCGUCGAUGCUGCUCGCAGCUGUGCGAGCUAUGCUUGAGGAUGGCGAGAUGAAGCUGCUCCCAGCGGUAUGCGCUGUAGGACGCCGAGCGUAGCGCGCCUCCAGGCCGCUCGGUCCGGGACCGCGGACCAAAGUCCGGCGCGCGUCUACGAUCUCUCUCUGCGCUGCCCGGCCGGGCGAGGUGCAUGCGCUCCGUCCCUCCGCCUCACUUCCAGCAGCACGAAGGAUUGCUAUCGAGAGCGGCUCUUGGUCUGAGCUGGGCGUGCUUAGCCUGGGCCCUGGACGUGUCGCAUGCGGUCAGACAGCAAAGCGCUGGCGUGAGGUCGCAGCGCGAGUCAGAGUCGCCAGCCGCGCGGAGACGGCCAAGUGCUCGAUGCAGCGAGGGACCCCCGAUCGCAAGCGAUGCCGUGGCGGGCACCCUCGUUCUCAGCGCUGCAGGUGGCCUGACGUUGGGAUGUCGAUCAAUGCGAAGAUCUGAGCAAGCACGCCUUGGCUUGUGCGAGGCGCAGGCACGCUAGAAGAACCGCCAACCCCCCUGCGCGUUGCCGGCGGGUCACGCUCGGCGUGGGCAGCGGGUGUCGCAUGAUGCGUUGGCCGCCUCGAGCAA